UAGCUAUUGAACUAAAUGCUAUAUAUUAUUUCUUCGCAGGAUAUAAAACUUGUAGACAUUCCAGAUUCAAAAUUAGCAAAAGAUCUUGAUGCUUUUGCCAAAAGGCAUAAUACUGAACCCUGUAUAAACUUAGAAAUGAUGUUCCCUGCUGACUAUCCAAUGUCUCCACCCUUUGUUCGAGUCACAACACCAAGAUUCAAGUUCCUCACAGGUCAUGUGACUAUUGGAGGCUCAAUAUGCAUGGAAAUGUUAACAAAAUCAGGAUGGACACCAACAAAUGAUAUAGAAAAUAUACUAGUGCAGAUUCGAUGUGAGAUUCUCAGUGAUCCUAAUGCUCAGCUGGACUUAAAUAAUGCAAACACAGCGUACACAAUGUCGGAAGCCAAAUCUGCAUUUACUCGAAUGGUACAGAGAUAUGGCUGGGACAAAUCGAAAUGAUUGUUAUGUAGAAGAACUGGGGACAUAUCGAAAUAAUUGUUACAUACAAGACGUUGUCAUAUAUUACAUUCAGUCGCCCAUCAUUUGACUUUUGCAUGAAUACAUUAUAAAGUUUAUGUUACUAUCAUUUUUAUUGAAGUAUAAAAGAUUUUCAUAAGUUCUCAGUUCAUCAUGAAACUAAAAGUAGUUGACUAUUUUUGAAAUUAUUUGUACAUAUCUUUCUUAAUCUUGUUUACAUUCUUUAGAAGUAUCUCUUCACUCAUUUAAAAUGUGACUGUUUUAUUUAUCUGUUCUCGUCUAUUCUUU